AUGAGCGAUCCUGCCGGCGAAAUAGUCCACAUCACACAGGGCUACAUACCACUCUCAAAGGUCCUUACGCGCCUCGCGCAAUCGACACACAAUGCGCUCCAAGACCAGAUUGCCGCUCUGGCAAAGAUGCCUGUGCCCGCUGCCGCCAUGAACGGAAACUCGACGACACCGAAUAGCGACGUUGAGGAUGCAUCGGGCGAAAAUAUUGCCAAAAAGACAUCGAUAUUAAAUUUCGCGAUGAGGGAGCAUAGAAAAUGGGUCAAGGCGCUUGUUAUUACAGAAUGGAGCCGAAAGGCUGAUAUGGUCAGCAAACUGAUUGAUCUGAGGUUCCACCUUCAAGGACAAGAGGUUCUGUUCACUGGAGCUCUGGAUGUUAUGGGUCAUGUCAAGAGGGAUUUGACUUUUGCGCGAAUGCCAAGUCCUGAUUUGAAAACAGCCCUCCAAGUCUUGUCAACUGGAGAGGCUGCAUGGAUGCCCGACCUUUCCUAUAUCGAACCACCUCCUUUGACAAGAGAGGAACAGAUCCAGUGGAUGAGCGAUGUCAACACUCAAUUAUCGUUACGGCUGAAUCUCGAGGACUUCGACAAGAUACCAUACCACUUCAGAAACUACGAGAUCAAUUCGGGACGCGUCACAUUUAGAGUACCUGGAGAAUUCGAGGUGGAUCUUACCAUCGCAGACGAGGAUUUUGAAAAGCAGUUCUGGUUCAUCGACUUCCGAUUUGCUUUCCAUCCGGCAGUAUCAUCAAUCCCUGAAGGUCUUAAGAACUACCUGGAGGGCCAUGUAAACGAUAUUUUAAGUAAGGACGGACUGCUCGGUUGUUAUCAGUUUCUUCACGAACUGGUCCUUACUCACAAGCUCAACGAACUCAAGAGACAGGCGAGUCAAAUGAGCAAGGGCUCAUGGACAGGCACACUCAAGGUGGAACCUUUGAACAGAGCUCUGGCUGUUCAGUACUGGACUUCUCGAACGCAACCGGGUGGCCCCAAGAGCUGGGUCUUGGUUGCUGUCAGUACUGGGAAAAAAGCAAACGGUCAAACCGACCCCAAGUCAUCCAGUCACUUGACAGCGAAAUGGUAUCGGGACAACAAGGAGGUUAAGGACGUGGUUAUCACUUUCGACAGCGACAAUCUGUCGGCAGAGGCACUUAUAAAAACGGUCAUCGGACGCCAUAUCGACUUCCUUCUGGGCAGCAUACACACCAAAUUGUUGUCUUUUCCCCGAUUUAAAAACCGCGAAGCGUCUUUGGCCUUGCACUCGUCCCAAGAAGACCCGGCUGAUUCAUCUCUAACCAUGGAAGUUGGUUUCAAGGAUCGCGUAACCCUACUCAUCGAGCCGACAACUGGUGUUUUUGCUGUCAAACCUCAUUCGAAAUUUACCUUUGACAAAGAGAAUCAGCUUAAUAGUGGAAACAAUCCAGCUGAAGACGGUGCAGCAUGUCUGGAGAAUGUAAGGUGCGCAGUUGUAGAAGAUGAGUUAAGCCGCCGAGGAAGCACGGCAGGUUGGAGUAUCAAGAAGAAUCCCUUAAACAACGACCAGCUGAAAGCUCUUACCAAUACCCGCGAAUGGACAAGGACCAUAUGGCUCCACAGAGCUGGAUGGGGGCCAAACUGGUUUGUUAUGGUUCUGCUGAGUCCAGGCGGGGAUGUUUGGUGGCUUGUUGAUACGAAUAGUAGUCCUUCUGGUCACGUACCUCGGUUAUCAUCAAAGCUUCCCCUCAACAGGGGCUUUCCUCGCCUUGAUGAUGAGUUCUGGAAUAACCUGACCCUGUUCGCAAGUGCCAUGAUUGCUCAAAUGGUGGAUCAACGAGAGCUUCAUAAACAGAACAUCAAAUUCAAACCUCAUGGAUCGAACAACUGGUCUCUUCCGCAACAAGUACGACUCCCAACUCUUGAGAUCGCACUCUCGGGAAUCUUUCCGUCCAUGGUGUUUGAGAACGCUGAAAAGGACAGCCCCAGGACUGCAGGUGGAUCCAGCAGCAACGCCGAGUCUGUCAAAUCAGGUUCUGUCGUGCAGUCUGCCACUGGAUCAGGCAUUUCUACCAAACAACCUUGGGCGAACGACAUCAUCUCGGUCAGGUUCAGGGGAGUUCAGCCGGCAGAGGAGGCAUCUACUGGUUAUGAAAGCAUUAAAUCUGAAGGCGACAAAUCAGAAAAACCUUUCAUUUGCGUUUCUGAUGCCAUUAUCAAGGUUCGAAGGCCAGCCAAGUUCAACAUGCUCAAGAGCCACAUGGUUGGUCGCGAUGUCUCGUGGAACGCUGGAUCAGGCGAGUUCUGCUUGCGGAUGCGUUCAAACAUUGGGCAGUCUAUGUUGGAGAACCUGAAGGCUCGCGUCAAAGCCGUCGAUAGGUUCGUCAGUUUCUUCGAGUCGAUGGACCAGGCGAGAGAGUCAAUCGCGGCCGAGUCUGUGAGCUUGAAGGAGGUCACCUUCUCUUAUGGACCUCUGGCAUCAGAGGCUAGUACCGAUGCACAGCCCUCACGACUUUGGAGGAUAACCCUCGACUUGUCCCAAAAGGAUAUCGACCUUAUUAUAGAAGAACCUAAUCCUCAUCUUCCGGUCACCGAUUUAAUGCAAAAGCUUGUCAAUGGCGCUAAUGGCAUCGGGGCUCUGAUGAACUGGCUUCCUGAGUCCCUGCCAGCCCUGGAAGCGAUUAAGAAAAUAAGAGAGACGUGGAAGGAUAUUGAAGCCCGUAAUCAAGGGCAGUUCAGAUUCGUAAUGGAUUCGGUGGAUGAGAUGUCGAUUCAUUACUCCGUCACAGGCACUGGUCCCGGGAACCAGCCUCUCCACCGCGACAUCACGUUUCUUGCUCAUGUCAAGCAUAGACGGGGCGAGCCAUGGUGGCACAUCAUGCGCAAGUCCGUCAACAUCAAUUUUGCGCCACAUGAUGAAUUUACGAGCGCACUCAAGCCUGUAUGGGAAGCCAGGGGAGAAAAAUGGACUGGCCUUGUUACAGGCGCGGCUGGCAGACCACAAGACGGCAUUGCUAAUCUUCUUUUUGCUAUUGAUGAAGCUAUUCGGCCAUUGGCUGGCUCAUCCUUCCAAAACAAUUCAGAGUAUGUCGUCUUGGAUUAG